CAGGUUAUCUAUGGUCACAGAUAGGUAAUGUGCACGAGAGAUAGUAUUCCGUAUUGCUGUGGCAGGUGACAUGGCGUUUGACGUUUGUGUGAAUGAAUUAAUAAUGUAAAUGAUGUUACGAAGUUAGUGCACGUUGAAUUAGUUACCCUGAUUUAUGUCGUAUGCAGUUUUUAGAGUAAUAUAUUUUUGUACAUAUUGUUAUGUGUGGACGUGAAUUAACAUUUAUGGUACUGAAAUAUGGCUAAGCUAGUUGAAGAUGCCAACAAGAAAAAUGAUUAUUUUACGAAAGUUCCAGUUACUAGCGAAAUUAGUUAUGCGGAUAUUGCCACGAAACUUAUCAACGAAAAUUUGCUUCUCACAGCUCUUGAACUUCACACAGAACUUGUAGAAGCAGGACGUGAAAUUCCGAAAUUAAGGGAUUUUUUUUCAAAUCCAGGAAACUUCGAGCACCAAGCAGCUCCGCGUCUUGAAAUAUCGCCAUCAAUUCAAUCAGAAGUAGCAGCUCCAGAUGCUGGGUCAGUGAAGCCUAUUAACAAUGAACCAAUCAAGCCACAUGAACAGCGUGCACUAAAUUUUCUUGUGAAUGAAUAUCUUUUGUUGCAUGGCUACAAACUCACAUCUAUUACAUUUGCAGAUGAAAAUGAAAAUCAGGAUUUUGAAGACUGGGAUGACGUUGGCCUAAACAUUCCAAAGCCUGCAGAGUUGCUCAGCUUAUAUCGAGACUUCAUGCGCCAAUCCGGCCAUGUUAGGUUACCCUGCCAACACAUUGCAAGCCAAACAGACUGGUUGGCUGAGGAUCUGAAGAAAGAUGCAGAGAUGCAAGAGUUGAUGAUAGAAAUGGAGCACCUGAAGGAAGACAUUAAUGCUCUGGAGCAAGAAAAGCAAGAAUUUAAGAGGCUGUGGAUGCAUGAAAAUAGACUUACUGCUGGAGAGAUAGUGUCGAGUGUCACCACCCCAGGUUCUGAACUGGUUGGGAUGGUGAUUGGUGAGACAGUGUCAAUGCACAGCACUACUCCUGAGCACUUUGAACUGAUUGAGGCUGAAGGGAGAAACAUGGAUGAAAAUGAAGUUCAAAUUCAAGGGGAAGAUGAUGGUUCGGCACUGAGUUUGACUGAUACAGACACAGAAUGGACACGUGUCAUGCUGCCACCUGUAGUUGAUGGUGAUAGCAUUCCAGUUGACUCAUCCCAAUCAGCUCACAAGUUUGCCCAUCCACAUGUGUUUUGCAGUCCUGAUUCUAGACCAAUUCCGGAUGCAUUCCGGCGUGAAGUUCUGGCUCGUUGCUUUGUGAACAUAUCUCAGAAACAGGAUGGGCACCUGAUAGAAGAGAUGUUAAAUGAUGGAAUCUCUGAAGAACGUUUAGUGUACAUUUUGGGCCGAAGUUUACCCAGAAUUAUCCCUAAUGUUAUACUCAACAAGAGGGAGGAACUGGUUCCAUUGAUAAUCUGUACCAUCCAUUUGCAUCCAGAAGCAUCCAAGCGAGAUGUUCUGCUGCAUCUACUGUUUAAUCUGAAGAAACGUCCACAAGAAGAUGAAAGGAGGAUGAUUCUUGCAGGAAUUGUGGGCAUUGCACGGUGUUCAGGACUGAGCCUUGUGGAAAAUGAGAUUUUACCUCAGUGCUGGGAGCAAAUCAGUCACAAACAUGUUGAGCGGAGGCUUCUGGUGGCUGAAUCUUGCAGUGCCCUUGCUCCGUAUGUCUCAAGUCCAAUCCGCAACUCCUUAAUGCUGUCCAUGCUGCAGCAGAUGCUUCUAGAAGACAAAGACAAUACAGUAAAGGAAGCUGUGGUUCACAGUCUGGCACUCAUUGUUACUUUCAUGGAUGAUAAAGAUAAAUAUUUUCAAUGUGAGGAGUUGGCAAUGGCUACUUUAGAAGACAUGUCUGCUAGUGUAGUGGAAUCUGCCACUAGAGUUCUCUUCCCAGUUCUUGCAAAGUGGGCUUUUGAUUUGGGUCAACUUCAAAGCCAUCUACUGACUCGCCUGUUGCAGAAACUCAAGUCUCAAAUCAAGGCUUUUGUACCAGAAUCAUCAGGGUCACUGUCCCAUAAGAAAAGCUCAUACAGUGACCAGAGACCUGCAUGGACUGUGACAGUGCUCCAGACACUGGUGCCUUACGUUGUCAUGUUUGUAGCAGCUGUGGACACUGUCCUAAGCAGAAUCUCAAGCACUAAACCCAUUGUGAACAGGCAAGAAUUCUCAGUACUGGGCCAUGGAUUAACAAAUCCAUCUGUCUUCUAUGAAGGCGAAUAUGAUAUUGGUUUAAUCCUUGCUUCGUUUGAAUCAUAUGUUGGUCAAGAAUGGUUUGAAGAGUGGGCAGAGAUGGAGUGGACAUGCCACACAUUGUUUCCAGAUCUGCUCAAUAUUCUUAAAGGAGUUGAACUUUCUCAGGAACUUUUAGUUUCAUCAUUCAUUAAAUUAUUCAGAACUUUGUGCUCUGGAUUUGGGAAGUCUUUCACAAGACAAAAGGUGAUACCUCUGUUUACUGAAAGGCUUCAAAAUCUUGAACAGUGUCUGACGGACAUUGGCCAGGGAGCUGGCUGGCCAUCUUUAUCUAUAGUACCUGUGUAUCUCAUAGCAGUUGUGGCAUCAGUGCAGGAUGCUGAGGCAAAUGAAGAGUUAUGUACUCAGUUGAAGCGAUUCCUCUGUGCGCUUCCACUGUGUGGUUCUCCCUUGGACUGCCUGGACAUGAGUGUGCGCAGUCUGUGCAAGGAGCCAGUUCACCAGGAUGCUGUGCUGACAGCUCUGUGGGAGGGUGUAGUGCAUCCACGACCUGUUGUACGCAGUGCAGCAGCAUCUCUGUUUGUGGCAACAGUGGACAGUUUGUCAGAAGCUUUAGUGGCAUCCCGCGUAGCUCCUGCACUUGUCACCUUGGCUAGUGACCCAGAGUUAUCUGUGAGAAGUGCAACAAUUCCAGCUUUUGGAACUUUGAUCACUAAUACGGCAAUGAAAGAAGUCCAAAGCAAAACAUACAUGCAAAUCCAGAGUUUCCUGUCUGACCCAGUGACACGUGAAAAUCACUCCAUGCUCCUGCAGUUGGUAUCCACCAUGGGGCGCAUCAUUUCUGCUUGUGAGGCAUGGUUCAGAGAAGAAGUAAUUUUGCCUCAGCUAGCAGCAAUAGCAGCAUAUGCCAUGCAGAUGUCCAAUCAAACACGAAAAUUGGACUUGGCAGUUGCUCUUGUUGAAGCUUUCUCUGCUGCUAUAUACUGCACAAUAUCCAAGCAGACCAUCAGCACUGCAUUACUUCCUGGUCUCAGAUAUGUGGAGUCAAUCAGCAGUCAGUCAUUACCAUCUUACCACAAUACAGUCCAGGCCAUGAUAAAAGGAGCAGAAUCUCGCAUUGAAGUGCAGCGAUCUCCUGAGAGAUCUGGCAGUAUAAGCCUUGCAAUGGCGACUGUCAGUGUUGAAGAUGUGAAACAGCGAGUAUCCAAAAUGUUUCAGAAUAAACAUGCAGUGAACCGGCCAGCCAAUCUACCCAACAUUCCUGGCAUUUUCCGAAAAAAAUGAGUUGCAUAUCAGGUUGGAUAUUUUUCAUAUUUUGAGGAAUAUUAUAAUGACUCAUCAGGUAUAUAAGUUGAUACUUGUGCAGUAAAUAAAUGUACUUUCAGAUUUUGACUACAUAGUUUGUUUAUACAUGGUAAUCACUUUUUUUUAAAAAAUUGUUUUAUCCUGUUAGCUCAUGUUGCUUGUGAAGCCUUGUGUGUUGGAUCCAAAUUAAUGCAUUUUACCAUGUUUCCAACUUGUAUGUUUUCUGAUGCUACUGUUUGUUAUAUGUGCUGCUGUCUAGUACUGUAUAUGAGAGUUAAGUAAAUGCUUGUGUUGUAGGCAGCCCAAUAGGCAAGUGAUGUAUGCAUGCGUAACCCCCGUAUUCCUGAGUGGAGAACAUUUAUCUUGUUGCUUUCUGCUGUUUGUAGUAUUAUUAUUUAUUUGUUUUGUUAUUAUUCACUGUUUUAUAACUUUCAGUAUUAUAAAGUAUUAUCAGUAAGAUUUACAUCAAAUUAGAACAUGCAUGACUUUUUUUGGUCUGCUGGUAGUGCAGCACAUGAUUCCUAGGCUGUAUACAUCAUAGGGACUUAACUCUCUUAUACAGUACAUAACCAUAUAGGUAUUUAUCACCCACAUCACAAGCCAAAAAUUCAUGCUAUAUAUAUUUACAUUUUUAUUGAGCAGGAUGCAUUUUCAUAUUUCACUUUAUAUUUCUUUUGUUCCUUCUAUCUUGAUUUCUUUACUUUGCUAUCUUUUCCUGUAGGCUAUUUAAUUGUUGUGCACAUAUUUAGUUCACAGUUGUUGCUCAUUUCUUUCCUUUUUGAACAGGUAUGUUUCUUCAGAGAUAAAUUCCAUGAAGCAUAGUUUGUAACAAAGUAAUAUGAACAGAAAGCCAUAAAUUUUAUGUUAAUUCUUUUGUUUUUUCUUUUGAAUUUUGUGUUGAAAAGUUUGUUUAUCAGAGAUAACUUUACGUUGGUUUCCAUUCUAGAUUUAUGAGAUUAAAGACAUUUUCUGUUUUAAGCAGAUGUAACUUUAGUCAAGGUUUUGUUGUAUUAUGCUUAUUUCUUUUCGUUCAUGAGACACUAAAGACUGCAGCAGGCUGCCAUCUUGCCUCUGACAAGUCACACUGUUUGAUAUAAUAAAACAUAAAUCUUUAAAUAUUGUUAUUUCAAUUAGUUUUUCCUGCAUGUUACUUAAACCAUCCUCUGUUGAUAUAUGAAUAGUGUGAAACUGUCUUAUACUAUAGAAACAAAUGAUAACAAUGCCCCACAUCAGAUAUUUCUGAUAGCAGGUCUGCACCUAUUGGCAAAUUCAUUGCCAAAAUGUUGGCUUGAAAUGUCUUCGUUCAUUCAUGUAAAAUAUUUUAUCUUGUCUUUAACAUACAUCGCCCAUUUACCACAAAACCUUCAUAGAGUACAGCAAGUGUGAGGACUUAAAAAUAUAUUGAUUUUUUACUUGUUUAACGGAGCAUAUAAAUCUUGCAAUUGAUAACACUUGUGUUACAGCUGUGUUUAGUUGUGGCUGCUUGUUCCACAGAUUUGAACUUGCAUUGAACACUCUGACUUUUGUGUUAGUUGCAGCAUACUCAUUCCUGUAUUAAGCAGACUUCGUUUUAGGAAGUUUCAAAGUAAUUUCAGAAGUUUUUAUGUUUUAGAAAAUGAUUGUUAACUUAACUCGUAACUUAAUGUGAGUCUUUACUUGUCCUGCAAGCACCAUUUUGCUGUUCGGAUAUGGUCAUAUGUUAACGCAUUCCACUCUCGAUAAUAAUUACUCUACUCUUCAGUGGUGACUGGUAGAAUCAUAAAAAUAGUACUAUUUUUUUGUUGAAAUGUGGCUGAGUAGCUGUCACCAUAUAGGUGUCUUAGGAAUAAGAUUUCAAAGUUACAUGCCUGGAUAACCUAAGUGCUUGAGAGUUAAGCUUCAUGUCAUGAGAUGUAUGACAUUGAUUCUUGAUUUAUUUAACCGUACUUCUUUGACUGCAUUUGUUGUGUUAUAAGGUGAAAUUUUAGUAAAUAAUGAAUUAGAUAAAUGCAAAAGUAGGUGGUUGUUGCCAAUUUUUAAAAUUCUGUAUCAGCAUAUGCCUGGAGGGGCUGAGGGAAGCUACAGAGAAAGUCAAGAUAGUCUCGAAGUUGAAAUUUUGGAUCUUCCAAAUACGAAAUAGGAGUGAUUGAGCUCAGUGUUUGGUGAAAAAUAAAAUGAAGGAAUUAUGUGCAGGGAUUCAUUAGUCACUUUAAGAACAGUGUAUGAAAGUGCAUCUUAGUAUUCUUUAUAUUGGUACCUAGUGAUACAAUGGAAAGAUGUUAGACUUCUAUUCCAAACUUGUGUUCAACACUGGGCCAAAUUUAGUGGAGUUGAUCUCUAAGUCAACACGUGAAUAUGAGGAAUAUCAUGCCCAACUGUAGUGUGGAUCCCACAUUAAGCUGUAUGUCUGCUCUCUGAGCUGUCAUCCUCAUCAUCCUACUAUUUGGGUUAGUGGAAGGUUAAGGGAGUCAACUGGUGCUGCCAACUCGGAAAUGGAUGAUUUUACUGUUUCUGAGAUAAGGCGGAGGCCAAGAAAGUUAAUGAAUAGGUAAUAACUGAAAGCAUUAUCCAAUUAAAUUUUUCAAACAUAGUUCUAGUCUAGCAGAUGACAUGUUUUGUUCAUCUGCAGUAAAGGAACUGCUUAUUUAAGAGACUGUAAUUUAGAUUUGUGUAUGUACCAAUUCUUGUUCACUGUGGGUGGAUAGGCUGUGGAUUUUUUGGUAUUAACAGACAGUAAAUUUAUUACUCAUGGGCAGAAAUGGGUUGUGAGUGUAUAAUUUUAAUAAAAUACACUUUACACUUUGUACAUGUAAUGAAAAUGUGUGCAACCACUUAGAAAUGCAGGGUUCUGUGACACAGAUGAGAAUUACAGAUUUAGCAUAUAGUGCGGACUGUUAAAUCUGCAAGGUAAAGAACUGCAUUUAAGCUGCAUGUAUAAGGUCAGGAAACAAGUUGAGAUUUUGCACAUUAGAGAAAGCUUUAAAUGAAAGGUGUGCAUACAGAGCAUUGCACUCGACAGAACUCAGUAUAUUUGAGUGAAAGACCAAUUCCCUCACAACCUGGGAAGGUUAUUUCAGUUGUUAAAGCUGGGUAUUCUCUAGCUAUCCAGUAGUUACAGGUACCAGGGGCUAUUAGAUGGUGAAGGUGUACCUCUAGGCAGGGGUAUAUUUGGUGAAUGGAGAAGUGUUACACAAGAAAUACCUGCCACAAUUACAUCUUCAACAGACAUCCUUACAUCCAUUCAAAUGGACCACAAAAAAAUGUAACUAGUAUUGUGGCUAUUUUAGCAGGGACAGUUGCAAAUAAUCUUGUACAUGUUCCUAAAUUGUUGUAAUUGUAGCCUAAUGCAAUAAAAGUACUUAUCAAGUUACAUUCAGUUGCUUAUGCUAUAAAGUAUCAUAGAAAUCCAUCCAUAGUUUUCGUCUGAAUUGCUGUGGCUUUGUGUACAGAAUCAGAACUUUGUCCACUCUUGUUGAUAUUGCAGAUAUCAUUGAGUUUCUGCCAGUAAUGUGAGUGGAUAUUUUUUGUUUUCUGCUUGUAUUCUGUCACUCCAGAACCUGCUAACCCCAUUGCAGCAAUAGUAUGUCCAAAAGUGGAAAUACAGGGAUUUGUUUUAUAGUUUUAUGACUUUAGACAGUUGUUUACCUCAUACAGAUGAACAGACCUCAUUAUAAUUUUGUUGUUCCAACAAACCAUCUUUGAAAAGCUGAACUGUAGCAGUUAGAAAGCACUCACUUUUUGUGUGUUUAAUGACUCUCAGCUUGGUUUAUGAAAACCCAAUCAAGAAGUAGUUUGUCUUGUUUUCUUGGUUGUGAUCAUACAUUCUUACAAUAUGGAGCAAAACUGUGGUCAUGGUAAGAAGUGCUUGAAAUUUCAACCAGUUUCUUGGGCUUUGUACAUGUGGUUUUAAAGCACUGUUAAUUGGUCUUAAUAUAUAUACUGCUAUGCAAAUGUGAUAGCUUCAAGAUUGUUGUUAGAUUCUUCAGAAAAAUUUCCCAUGAUUGUGAUUUGUAUUUCAUUUUAAGUAAUUACUCAACUAAUUUUAACACAAGUGAAUGUGUAUCAUUUUAUUUUAUAUAUUCUGUACACUGUUUUGGAAUCAUAUUUUAUAAAACAUUGACAAUUCACAUGCAUACAUAAACAUGAA